UAGGUGCAAUAUGGCAGACCGAAAGGCGGAAUUAGAAAAAAAGAAAGCAAAAUUACAAGCUAUUAGAGAACAGAAAGAACGUCUUCGUAAAGAAAAAGAAAAAAAAAGAUGCAGAUGAAGCAGUUUCUCGUGGUAUGAGUAUUGAGAAAGAUCAAGGUAAAGAAAUUGAUGAAAUGUUAUCAUCUCUUGGAGUUGCACCAGUUUCCGAUGUAUUGUCAAGUUUAACCAUUUCACCAAACAAAAGUGAAUUAUACAGUUCUAUGUCAACUCCUGAUUCUAGUAUCAAAAGAUCAUUACCUCAAACUCCCUCUACUUGUCCAAAACCAGUAAAGAAAGUUAGUGAGUUAUCAAUUGUUUCUUUAUCUUCUACUAAUAUUCCACCUAAAGAAGUUGAAUGCUAUACUAAAGCUGUUCAAACUACACAUUCAUCUAAUGAAAGAGACGCUCAAGCCUUUGGAUAUUACGACGAAUACAACUUAAAUCCUGCCUUGGAAUGGGAAGACGAAUUUACAGCGGAAGAUGAAGAUAUCAGCCUCACAAAUUUGUUCACAUUUCAAAACAAGCUACCUCCAGGUAUCCUAUCUCAAGGACUCCCACAGGUUAAAGAAGUUGCACCUGCUAUUAUUUCCUUGGAAAGAGAACUAAUUUUUAAAGAAGAAACAAAAAAGAUUAGAGAAUUAAGUGAUGCAGAAAAAAUGACGAUAAUUCAUUCUGAAGAUUUUCAACAAUUUAUAGACCGUGCUGGACGUGUGAUAGAACGAGCUUUAUCUGAAAAUGUAGAUAUCUAUACAGAUUAUACUGGUGCUUUAGAUGACAAAGAUCUAAAUGAAGAUAAAAGUAGUACUCGUUUAUCAUUGACACGCGUAUUUUUUGAUGAACAUUGGUCAAAAAAUCGCCUAGUUACAUCCUUAGAUUGGUCUCAACAAUUUCCAGAACUUACUGUUGCAUCUUAUAAUGUUUCUGAUGCACCCCAUGAACCAGAUGGUGUAGUUCUUGUAUGGAAUACUAAAUUCAAAAAGGAUUCUCCUGAAUAUGUGUUUCAUUGUCAAUCAAAAGUACUCUCGACCACAUUUGCUAGAUUUCAUCCAAAUUUAAUUUUGGGAAGUACUUAUUCUGGUCAAAUAGUUUUAUGGGAUAAUCGAGUACAAAAGAAAACUCCUAUUCAAAGAACCCCUUUAUCAAAUACUGUACAUACUCACCCAGUGUACUGCAUUCAAGUUGUGGGUACACAAAAUGCACAUAAUGUCAUAAGUAUUUCAACUGAUGGACGAUUAUGUUGCUGGAGUUUAGAUAUGUUAACCCAACCAAUUGAACGUCUUGAUUUAACUGAUAAACAAUCUAAACCUGUUUCAGUUUCUUCAUUUGCUUUUUUGCUUGAUGAUGUUAACAAAUUUGUGUUUGGUAGCCAAGAAGGAUCUGCAUAUUCUGCAUGCAGGCAUACAAAAAAAGCUGGAGUUGUUGAGAGUUAUGAAAGUCACAUUGGUCCAAUUACAGCCAUUGAUACCCAUUGUGUUGAAGGGAGCACUGAUUUCAGUCAUCUUUUUUUAACUAGCUCAUUUGAUUGGACUAUUAAACUAUGGAAUAUAAAGGAAUCAAAGCCAAUCCACUCAUUUGAAAACAACAAUGAUUAUGUAAGCAAUGUUGCUUGGUCUCCUGUACAUCCAUCUGUAUUUGCUGCUGUUGAUAUUACUGGCCAUUUAGACUUAUGGAAUCUUAAUAAUAAUACAGAAUCACCUACUGCUAGUACAGUACUUGAUAAUUCAUCAUUGUUAAAAGGUCUUAUGUGGUCACAGAAUGGAACUCAUUUAAGUGUUGGUGAUGAGUAUGGAAAAAUAUCUGUGUUUGAAGUUGGAGAGCAAAUGACACAACCAAGACAUGAUGAUUGGUCAAAGCUUUCAAACACAUUACAAGAAUUCAAAAGUAAUCAGGCAGAUGAGAUGGACAAACCGAAUAACUUCAGUUCAGGAUCAGUGUUCUCUAGAUCUUCUAGUAUUUUGAUGAAAUAAAUAAGUUCUUAAAUAGUAUUUAAGAUAUAUCUUGUAAAGUUUAUAUAUAUA